AUGGAACAAUUUAUCGUCCGAAGCACGACAAAAAAACAAACAGUUGUAUGUGAAGACAAUUUGGAAUCAAUGGAAGCAAAAUCAAAAUGUUACUUAUUUGAUGGCAAGUUUUUCAAAAUCAUAAAUGUAAGCGAUGAUGGAAAAAAUAUAUCCGCAGAGUGUCAAUAUUGCUUUAAGACUGUGAAUGGGCAAAAAUCAUCGACUGGGAAUUUUUUAAGUCACAUUAAGUUUAAACAUUCAUAUUUGAUGGAACAAGUUAAAGCAGCUAAAACUGCUAAAGCUGUUAAGAAAAAUGUACAAUCCUUUAAAAAACAAGAAACCUUGCCAUUCUUGCAUUCUAAUAAAAUAUCAAAACAAAAAAUUAUUGAUUUAACUUUUGCAUACAUUGUGGAAGAAAUGAGGCCCUUAGUGACAUGCGAAAAACCGGCAUUCAAACGUCUUGUAAAAGGUUUAUGUGGCCUUGAUGAUGCAACUUCUUUACCUGAUCGCAGAGUUAUGUCUAAGGAAUUAAAUAAUAAGUACAUAUCAUACAUAACUAUUCUAACUGAUUUGAUUGCCAAACAAAAUUUUAUAUGCACUACAGCUGAUAUUUGGUCUUGCAAUAACAAAAGUUACUUAGGUAUGACUUGUCACUUUAUUGAUGAGCAUACCUAUGUUAGAUAUUCAUAUAUUCUUGGUUGCAGAAGAAUUAAAGGUAGUCAUACAUAUUUUAAUAUAACAGAAACUAUGAAUGAAAUAACUCAUACAUAUAAUAUUCAAAACUCUAAAAUAUCACAUACAGUAACUGAUAAUGCUAGCAAUUUUGGCAAAGCAUUCCGAACAUAUUCUUUAAAAUCUAUUGGUCAGGAGUCUUUAAAUAUUAAUAGUGAUAACUGGUUUGGCGAUGAAACUACAUGUGAUGAUGAUCAUAAUACUGGAGAAGAAAUUGAUUAUUGUAGUGCAGAUUUUGAUACUAUAGAUUGGUCCACAAUGGUUCAGAAUUCUGAAGAUAUGGAAAGUGAUGAUAUAUGCUUACCAGAUCAUAUUACAUGUUCUGCACAUACACUUAGCUUAAUUGCAACUGUUGAUGUAGACAAAAUCUCUGAUAAGUGUUAUACAAUUAAUUCUAAAAGUGCUUUUAGUAAAUUAUGUAGUUUUUGGAAUCUUUUAAGUCGAAGUACAGUUGCCUCAGACAGGGUAUAUGAUAUCUGUGGUUGCAAAUUUCCUGUGCCCGUUGUUACACGGUGGAAUUCAUCAUUUGACGCUGUAAAAAAAAUAAUUGCUCAUAAAGAGACUGUAAUAUCCUCAUUUAAUGAUUUAAAACUUCAACAACUAAAAAAAAAAGAUUGGUCAUUUUUAGAAGAGUACUGUUUGGUUAUGGAGCCGCUUGCUACUUCACUUGAUAAGAUACAAGCAGAAAAAUCUUGUUUUCUGGGAUAUGUUGCACCUACGAUAAUAUCAUUAAGACUUUUAUUAAUUCAGCAAACCAAUUUAACAUAUUGCAGAUGUUUAGCGUUAUCAAUUAUUAAUAGUCUAGAAAAAAGAUUUAAUUUUAUAUUCGAUUUAGAAAAUAUUAAAAGCAAGCCAUAUAUUAUUGCUUCAAUAUCACAUCCUAAGUUUAAGCUUUCAUGGGUUCCUGCUAGAUAUUUAACUAUAUGUAAAAAUAUUUUUUUAUCUGAAUGUAACUCUAUGAAUUCAGUCAUGAAUUCAGAUUCUAUUGAAUAUUAUUCUGCUGAUAGUGAUGAAGAAUUUUAUGGUAUUUUAACACAGAGUAAAUAUUCACUAGGUCAUUCUGCUGCUGAAAGUGUUCACUUAAAUAAUGAUACUAGUAAUGGUACAACUGUACAAGCACUAUCGUAUUUUGAUUCGAAAAACAAAGACCUUAGUAUGUUAAACACAUUUCCAUCUGUCAAAAGAGUUUUUUUUAAAUAUAAUACCACUCUACCGUCUUCAGCGCCUGUGGAAAGACUUUUUAGUAGUGGAUCACAAAUCUUAACACCCAGAAGAAAUAGGCUUCAGGAUAAGACUUUUGAAAUGCUACUUUGUUGUAGGUGCUUAAUGAAAGAAAAUUGUUAA